AUGGCAGUGGUACUACUAAAUCAGCCAAUGGUUUAUACAGAUAUGUCUACAGAAAGCCUUGUUUCCUGUCAAGAUGGCUGGGCACAGAGAUCACUCAACUGUUACCAAGUGAAUGAAAACACACUGUCAUGGAGUGACGCACGCAGUGCAUGCCGGGAAAUCACUGGAGCAGACCUUGUUUCAUUUGAUUCAUUGGAGGAAAGAAAUAUUGUAUCCGAGCUUAUAAUGCCUCCAUUUCCCAAUGUCUAUCUCUGGAUUGGAGUUACCGGUAAUUACCAGGGAGACUUGAUCUAUAACUGGGUUACUGGUCACAUGGUACCUGGCAAUAUACAAGGGUGGGAACAAGGACAGCCGGACAACGCAGCAGGUAAUGAACAUUGUGUGGAUAUAUUAGCUGGAGACGCCAAAGCUACUGGUAUAUGGAGAGACAGGUCAUGUGACACGCAAGCAGGAUACGUAUGUAAAUACAGAAGAGAUCACAUUUUACAAUCUACACAGCGCCCUCCCACGACUAAUAUAGGGCAAACCACAAUGGCACAAUUCACUACGGCUGUUGAAAUCGCAACGUCACAACCACCGCCCACAUCGUUAACAUCGCCAUCAUCAACGGCAACAACAAAAACGACAACAACGAAACUGACAACAUCAGAAUCAAUGACUACAAUACAGUAUACCACACAAACUACAAUAAUUGUAGAAUCGUCAACAAAGAAACAAACAACACCUGUCCAAAAAACAACGUUACUUUCGACAUUGACUACUCCAAUGGAGCUGAUGACGUCACCUUCAAAUACAAUGCCACAAACGUCCACGGAAAAAGUAGAGGAAACGACCGUCCCGAGAAUAGGCUCUGUUAAGAUGACGUCAUCGACUGAUGCGGAACUUCUAUUUUGUGAAGACGAUGUCUACAAUGGUGUCCAUUGGCCGGCGACUUUGUCAUCACAGUCAGCAACAGUUUCGUGCCCUAGCAACCAAUCAGGUCACGUGUCCAGAUAUUGUGAUUCUGACAAUGGGACAGCCCGUUGGAGUUUACCAGACGAGUCAGACUGUCUACAUUUGGAAGGGAUCUUAGAUGAGGAACAACUACUAUAUCAGCUGACUUUGUUCACAAUCAUUGCUACAAGUCUGACGUCAUUCUUUGCUGUUGUUAUAAUCGUGGCAUUCCCAAUUCUCAGGUUAUUGGGUUCCGCCAGCGUUGAAGUCGAAUUCUCGUUAGCCGUCUCCAUCUUACUCAUCAAUCUGACGCUCUUGAUUGGAUAUCAGAGAGCACAAAAUAAGUUGGUGUGUACAAUCGUAGCUGUUUUUCUACAUUAUUUGGUGACUACGCAGUUUCAUUGGCUUACCAUCCACGCAUAUAAUACGUACGUCAUGGUGACGACGUCGCGGCCAUAUUUGAGAAGACGCAUUAUUACGUACAGAGUGAUUGGGUGGGUGUGUUCUGCCGUAGUACCUAUUAUAAGUGCUGGCAUAUACUACGAUGAUUACGGCGAUGCAUUAAGGUGUUUUCCAUCGGGUAUUGUGACGUACAUUAUGCUGGCUUCAUUUGGACUACUUGUUUUGGUGGAUUUGUUUUUCUUGGGUUAUGCUACAAAACAGUUCUCAUUGUCGAAUGACGAGCCCCGUGGACCUGUGACAAAAGCAAGAGAUAAAUUAAAAGUCAAUCUGUUAUUACUGGUACUAUUUACUAUGGAGUGGACGUUUGGAAUAUUAUCUUUUACUCUACUACAAUAUCCAGUGCAAUAUCUAUUCGCUAUGGCCAUGCUGUGUAUUGGACCUUGUAUGAUUGUACCGUUUCUCACAUCAGACGAAGUUCGAGAGAAGGUGGCGAAUUGGAUGAUGGAUAAAAAAGAAACUACUAGGAACGAGAAUGAGUUAACAGAAACAUUUAAAGCAAUAUUCAACGAUUCGACACAUGGUGAAAUGACGCGACAUAAUACGCGACUCGCUGCAUUUAACAGCAGACGUGUAGCGUACCAGGAAACGUCAUUCUCGCUGAAUGGUAAACGUAGAGGGCGAUGUAAAAAAUUAAAUAUGGGGGUUCAAGGAGAGAAGAAGAGAUCCCAAACCUGUAGAUCUAAUCACGUGGUACAUCGUGAUAUGUGCGAACGUGGUGGACCUCUUUUUGUCAAACGAAAUUUUGGAAAGGUACAACCUCCAGCGGUGAGAGUACGAAGUGUAAAAAAGAUAUCGCCUAUGACGUCAGAGUCCGUCAAUGUACAAACGGAUGAACUGACCUGUACGCACCAGCAUAAUAAAGAACAUCCACCAAAGAUAAAAACAAAAGCAAGAGACAACAUGCCUAUUGAUGGCGCUUUCUUGAAAGAAAAAAGAAAGGCUUCUUUAAACAAUAAAAGUGGCAACCAUAGCCCACAGAAUAAAACUUGCGCAGAUUCAGAAAGUUUACCUGGAAACUCCCUCAAAGUUAAAUACCCGACACCUGCUGAUGCGGAAUUAUUAAAGGAAGUGACGUCACGCUUAACAAGAACAAUGACAUGCCCGUUGUACCAAGUAAUGACUCCAAGAAGUAUCUCUGAAAUGUCACAUGACUCGGGAUUUUCGACUAGUUCAACCAAGAAACGAGAAAUGCUUCAAAUUGAUAUGCAUUCCAUUUAA